AUGAAGCAAGGAAGGAAAUUCUAUCUAUCUAUCUAUCUAUCUAUCUAUCUAUCUAUCUAUCACAGCCUCUUCAUAUCUAUCUAUCUAUGUAUCUAUCACAGCCUCUUCAUAUCUAUCUAUCUAUCUAUCUAUCACAGCCUCUUCAUAUCUAUCUAUCUAUCUAUCUAUCUAUCUAUCUAUUUAUAUAUCACAGUCUCUUCAUAUCUAUCUAUCUAUCUAUCUAUCUAUCUAUCUAUUCAACCUAUCUAUCUAUCUAUCUAUCUAUCUAGCUAUCUAGCUAUCUAUCUAGCUAUCUAUCACAGUCUGAUCUAUCUAUCUACCUAUCUAUCACAGUCUUAUCUAUCUAUCUAUCUAUCUAUCUAUCUAUCUAUCUAUCUAUCACAGUCUGAUCUAUCUAUCUAUCUAUCUAUCUAUCUAUCUAUCUAUCUAUCUGUUUACUUAGUUCUUUAUAUCUAUCCAAGACUUCUAUCUGAGUUUGCUUCUAUCUAUCUAUCUAUCUAUCUAUCUAUCUAUCUAUCUAUCUAUUACUUAUUCUUUCUCUCUAUCUCAUUUUCUAUCUAUCUAUUUCAGUCUGUUCCUAUCUAUCUAUCUAUCUAUCUAUCUAUCUAUCUAUCUCAGUCUGUUCCUAUCUAUCUAUCUAUCUAUCUAUCUAUCUAUUUAUCUCAGUCUGUUCCUAUCUAUCUAUCUAUCUAUCUAUUUCAGUCUGUUCCUUCCUAUCUAUCUAUCUAUCUAUCUAUCUAUCUAUCUAUCUAUCUAUCUAUCUAUCUAUCUAUCUAUUUCAGUCUGUUCUUUAUCUAUCUAUCUAUCUAUCUAUCUAUCUAUCUAUCUAUCUAUCUAUCUAUCUCAGUCUGUUCCUAUCUAUCUAUCUAUCUAUCUAUCUAUCUAUCUCAGUCUGUUCCUAUCUAUCUAUCUAUCUAUCUAAAAUUUGUUCUAUCUCAGUUUGAGCAUUUACUUAAAUAUUUAUAUCUAUGUGUGAUACCUAUCUAUCUAUCUAUCUAUCUAUCUAUAAGUUUGGUUCUAUCUAUCUAUCCAUCUGAUUUCUUUAUCUAUCUAAUUCUGUUUAUAUCUGUCUCAAUCUAUCUAUCUAUCUAUCUAUUUACAGUAUGUUCAUCUAUCUAUCUAUCUAUCUAUCUAUCUAUCUAUCUAUCUAUCUAUCUAAGUCUGUUCAUCUAUAUAUUUAGCUAUCUAUUUCAGUCUGUUCAUAUCCAUCUAUCUAUCUAUAUAUAUAAGUUUGGUUCUAUCUAUCCAUCUGAGUAUCUAUCUAUCUAUCUAUCUAUCUAUCUAUCUAUCUCAUUCUGUUCAUAUCUAUCUACCUACCUACCUGUCCUACAAAGUACCGUUUCUCAAGAACUUCCUUCUUACUAA